UGUUGAUGUUUUAUUAUUAUUUUGUUUUUUUUUGUUUCACAGUCGUCGAUCGUGAAUACGAUAAAUAUUUCUAUCCAAUUCAAAACCAGAUGAUCAGAUGACAACGAAUUGGCCAUCAUUUUGAUUUAUUAGAAUAAACCUUGACUGUUUUAUUAUAUAUAGACAAACUUAUUCCGGUAUUUUUAGAUAUUUGAUUAAUGUCUAUUGCUUUUAUUCGAUCGUCGUUUGUAUAAUGCAUCAUUUUCGUGAAUUAAACAACAAUAUCGAUGAUGUUCCAAUGAAAUUUCAAGAUAGAUUUAUACAAUUAUUGAACAAUGUUUCAGCCAUUGAUAAUUCUGACUGUGAUGAUGACGAUGAUGGUGAUGAUGAUGAUGAUGAUUUUGAUAUCGAUCAAUAUCAAGUCGAAAAUUAUAAAUUCGAUUCCGAAUUGAUUGCCAUUGAAAUGUACGUAUUGAAUGAAAAACGGAAAGCCGAACAAUUACAACGAUUAGAAGCUCGAAAGAAAGAAUUUGCUGAAAUGAUGGCUAAUCAAUCAUCAGUUAUAUUAUCAUCGGCACCUCCCACCAUAAUGGCUGGAUGUCCAAACACAGUUGGUCCACGACAACAACAUCAAGUGUUGGAUGAAUCGGAACAACCAGCUGCCCUAACCACAGGAAAUAAUCGUAGACCAAGUGGUGGAGGUUCGAUGCUCUAUAAUUUUGUUUCAAACGAAAUUUUAAAGCCUCAACCAUCGAUGAAUAAUGGCAACAACACCAACAAUUGUGAUCAAAUGGCCAGUUCGUAUAAUGAUUCAGAAAUGGUCAGCAAUGAAAAAUGCAAAGCAACCACAACAACAAAAGAAAUGGAUCAUCAUCCCAAUCACCCCAUUCGAACGUUAGUCAAUCCAAAAGAAUUUGAAAAUGAUGAUUCUAGUCCGUUUGAUAAUGUUGAAUUGCAAUCGAUUGAUGAAUUUAAAGAAUUGAACAAAGUUUUUGGGGCCUUAAAUUUUUCAACAUCAUCAUCUAUUACUACUACUACUACUACGACAACAACAGUUCCUCAGGUGCCCAGAAAUUCUCCAAUUCAACACCUGCAUCAUCUGCAACCAUUGAACCAAACGGCUGAAGAAUCAAAUAAUGUGAUAACUCACCAGGCUCCAUCCACGGCAAUACCAUUUCCUUUAAAUAAUUAUACGUCGUACCAUACAAAUUAUUCACAAAUGAUGACUACUGGACAUUAUCAUCAACAUCAUCAUAAUACAUUUUCGUAUCAACAAAGUCCGAUUCAUAAUAUGGAUACAAAUACUAAUACGGUGAUGGCUACAUCGAAUAAUCAUUUCUAUCAUCCACAUCAUUAUUAUCAACCAGCGACGAAUCCAUUUUCGUUAGCUACCAACAACAACAGCAACAAUAAUAAUAACCAUCAUCAUCAUAAUACUACAUCGUUUGAAAUGAAAAGAUCUUCAUCUGAAAAGAAAGAUUUCUAUGAACCAAAUAAUCGAUCUUUAUCGAACAACAUGAUGACCACAGCAACGACAACAUUAUCAUCACGUUCAAAAAGUGUAUCCGAUUUGACACAAUUGUCACAAAUGCCAUCAUCGACAACAUCUGUAAUGACAACAACAAUUGGUCAUCAUCAUCCACAAUACAAUCAUCAUCAGAAUGCUAAUAAUUUGUAUAUGGCCACAAAUCAUGAUCGUUUAUUAUAUGAUCGUUCGAAAACACCGCCAUCUCGUAUGCCGAAUGAUAUUGGCGGCUAUCACCACCAUCAUUUAUCAAAUCAACAAUCUGUUCAUAGACAAACAACAAAUACAUUGGUUGCCAACGAUCCUUAUGAUACAUUAUCGGAUGAUCAACGAAAAUUUGUCGAUCGUCUCUGUCAGAUGGGCUUUCGUCGUGAUCGUAUUGCACGAGCAGUUAAACAUAUGGACAUUAAUGAUGAUAAGAAAAUAUUUGAAUAUCUUCUGGUCCUGCAACAAUUGGAAGACCAAGGCUAUGAUUGUUAUGAGGCUGAGAUUGCAUUACAUUUCAAUAAUUAUGAUAAAACCAAGGCAGAAAAUUUCCUCGAAAUACUGAAACAAAUGCUGGAUUUUGGUUUCGACCGACAAAAAUCGAUCAAAGCAUUAUUCAAGACUAAUAACGAUAGGGAAAAGGCAAUCGAGCUUUUGCUCAAGAUGCAUUAAUUGAUUAUCUUUCAACAAAAUUUUUUGAUAAAAAAAGUUUAUUUUCUUCUAAAUGCAUCCAUAUAUUUAAUGAUUUUAAUGU